ACCUCUCCCUCUCAAGUGGCAUCCACGACGAGGAGACGCUGGAGAAGGCACCGCUUCCUUUCCCCUCCCACCGCUCUGUAAGCUCGGGAUCCAGAUUAGCGCCUCGGGAAACCCUAGAUAUAUGGAUUUAUAGGAUCUGCGUGAAGAUUCGGGGAUUCGAAAUCCGUCGGAAUCGCCGUUUCUGCGAUAAUCGUCACCAAGUUACGUAAGCUUUCGUCUUUAGAUUUGCCGUUCAUAUAGAUUUAGCAAAUUCAGGAAUGAUGUGAUGGUAUUAACCGUGCUUGAUGGCGCAAAUCUCUGGUUCUUUGUCAUUCGCGAUCUCAAUUUCAUGAAUUAAACCUACUGUACUUGGGGAUAAGAAAGGUGGCUUGAGACUGCUUGAACAGGAGGGUGGCUGAUCUGACGAUCUGUGGCAGUUGGUUUCCUUUGGAUGCUUGUGUUUUCGAGUGGUAAAAAAAUGUCGUUUUACUAUUAACACUGUUUUACAUUUUGGAUAUUUCAGGAAGGAUGUCUGUAGGCUCCAGGUAGGUGGAUUUUUGUUUGCUUUCAUUAGAUCAAACUUUUUUGACUUAGUUUUUUGUUAUCAGUAUCUUAUCAUUCAUUCAUGCUAUCAUACUUCAAGCUUAGAUUCUUGCAAGUUUGUCGCUAGAACCACACAUUGGGCUUCGUGAUAUUAGUCGGAUAUCAGAGACAAAUUUUGCAACGAAUCUUUUGAUGCCUGCUUGUGUGAUUUUUUUCUCUCAUUUAGUAAGUCAAUAGAUGAUCACUGAAUUCUGCUCGUUUCAUGAUCAUUUAGCAUGAUUAUAUAUCUAUGCUACAGAGGGAAUUGGUUGCAACUAACUAUUAUGAUAAGUGGAUUCUUGCAAUUUUGUUCCCUACUUCCCUUUCAGAAUUCUCCUUUCUUUCCAUAUAUUCUUUGUCGUCAUUCCUUUUAUUUAUGGACUUGUAUUUUAUAUUCAGGACAAGAUUAAUCAGAUCAUGGCUAUUGAUGAGCAUGAGGAUAAUUACUUACAAGAGGAUGAGAGAGCGCUUGGAAUCAACAUGAAUGAAGGAAAUGCAGCAGAGGCUCUAACUAGAAUAGAACUUGAUGUUGCAUAUUCUUCAGAGAAGCUACUUAAUUUGGAAAUACUUUUGAUGCUGGUAGCUGAUAGAGUCAAUGAUUUUGAAUCUUCGAAGAUGGAGCAUGGGGACAUUCUAGCUGAGUCUGUUAAGAAGUUUUUUGAAUCUGAUAUAUUGUGUGGAAUUUUAUGUGCGGAGGUGAAAGAACUGCAAAGCUUCUUGUCUUUUCUACAAACUGAAAUCAUGGAGACAUGCCAAAAUAUUUUUGAUGGUGAAAACUUGGAAGCAAUUGCUUCUGAAGUAGGAGAAAAAUUGCUUGAUGCUGAAAAAUCUGUCAGGAAGUUGCAAGAUUCAAUUGCCGAUAUACAAAAACAGUCAUUGAAGUUUGAAAGCAUUCUAGCUUUGUGUCAUGUUGAAGCUAGGUUGGAUGAAGAUCAGGAGUUUGAUAAUGGUCAUUUGUCAUCCAUCUGCACUGUUGAUCAACAAUGGAGUGUCUUAAAAAUGUUGGAUGAAUCAUUGGCACGAGAACUCGAUCUUGAAAACAAGCUUUCAGACACCAGGUCAAAUGAGAAGGAUCUUAAGCUACAGUUGCUUUAUGCAGAAGCAGAACUUGACUUCAUUAAAGAGUCAAUUGAAAUACAUUUGGAGAGAGCACUCGAGGCUGAAAAUACUGCUGAAGUUCUUUUGGCUAUUUCAAAAGAAUUUGCUGGUAGACUUGAGGUUGUUCAAUUUAGUUUAAAUAGUUCACUUAGACGAGAGAAUGAGCUGAAGUCUCAUUUGAAUGUACAUGCUGACAAAACUACGAAGGGGAGCACAGGGACCAUUCCAGAAAUCAUCUCCCUGAAGGAAAAGGUGAAAAUACUUGAGGAGCAGCUUAGACAGUCUCAUGCCCAGAUGCAGCUGGCAGCGGCCUCAGUUGAAUCAAGUCAUAAGCAACAAUGUUUUUUGCAUUCUGAACUGGGUCUAAAGGAAAAUGUAAUCGAGGGUCUCAGAGCUGAUGUUUUGAGAACUGAAAACAGAGUUGGAAGUGCUGAAGGCAAGUAUGUUGAACUGCAAGGCAUCAACAUCAAAUUGAACGAGGAGCCUGUCUUACUUCAAAAAAGCAAUUCCGAGAGAACAAACCUUUCACGGUCUAGUGAUUCAGAUAUGCAAUUGGAGCAUGCAAGGGCAUCUGUUGAAGCACUUAAAGAGAAGCAAAGUGGAUUAUAUGAUACAAUUGAUGAUAUGGGAAUUGUGAUUGAGGAGCUCAAAAUAAAGGUUUCAAAAGCAGAAAGUAGGGCUGAGAAUGCUGAAUCUAAGUGCACUUUGUUAACUGAAACAAAUUUAGAACUAAAUGAAGAGCUGGGUUUCCUAAGAGGCAAAUUGGAAUACAUGGAAACAUCCACGCAUCAAGCUGAGGGUGCAAAAAUUGCCACCGCUAAAGACAUUGGUAUCAGGACAAAACUCAUUGGUGAUCUGGUCAUGAAACUAGCAUUGGAAAGAGAACGUCUUCAGUCAGAGUUUUGACUUAAAAUUAUACUAAGAACCAAUAAGAAUGUUCAAUCUCGAGUAAGAUAUCUACCUUGAUAAAAAAGAAUAGAGCUUUGAGCGAGAAACUGAAAAGAAAUUCUUCAAGCUACAAGGGAACCCACAAUGAAACUCUACCUGGCACAAAA